AUGGGCUCAAAGGUCAAGUACGAAUUGGACAAGGAGACUGGUCUCUUGAAGGUCGACCGUAUUCUCUCUUCAUCUGUGGUCUAUCCGACCAACUAUGGCUUCAUUCCACAAACCUAUGGUGAAGAUAAUGACCCACUUGAUGUUUUGGUAUUGAUGCAACAAUCUGUUGCUCCAAUGAUUUUCCUCAGAGUCAAACCAAUCGGUGUCAUGAUCAUGAUUGAUCAAGGUGAGAGAGAUGACAAGAUUGUCUGUGUUCAUGCUGACGAUCCAGAAUACAAUCACUACAAUGAUAUUGCUGAAUUGCCACCACACAAGUUACAAGAAUUGAAGAUUUUCUUUGAGGACUAUAAAAAGUUGGAAAAGAAGGUCGUUAAGGUCGACGGUUUCCAUGGUCCAACUGAAGCCCGUCAAAUUGUUGCUAAGGGUAUCAAGGCAUACAAGGAAUACGUCAAGGAAAAGGAGAAGAAAGGACAAAGUUUAAUGUCACCUAAGUUGCAAGCUUACAAGACAUUCUUUGGAAACGAACAAUAA